AAUGUAUUCAAUUCAAGCUGUUACUCCUCGGCUCUUAUUUUGAAGGGAAUUCCUGUUUCGAACACAGAGGCGUCCUCCUAUUGGCUGACAGAUCCAAAUGGCCUGGAAAAGCUCCAUACGUCCAUGGAAGGGUCAUAGCAAGAGAAAAGGACAAGAAGUACAACACUACCAUCUACUGGCCUGAAAAAGAUUGGCAAAAAAUGGCAGAAUAUCUGUAAUGUGAGAGAUAGAAAGCAGAGACAGAUCCUACCCAAGUACAGGCUCAGUGACCACAAAUUAGCAAACAAAAAGGACGACACACAAAAAAAAAAUCAUGUCAACCAAAAGAAAACAGAAUAUGUGGUCGCUGUUCGACAGGGGUUAUGGCUCCUGAUUGUUUAAUCUCAUCACGGGGGAUUGGUGACAUCAGGUCCAAUCCUGUGCCGACCUCCCCCAAAAGCCAGGAGCAGGGAUCAGCUGGGGAUGAAGAGCAGUGGGACAGCACAGAUCAGUCAGUGUGAGGAAGUGACCGGACUAGAAGAAGACGUACAGUUGAUGAGCUCUUAGGAGCCAACACAUUUCUUUGUUUGUUGGGGAUCCCACCAUUCAACAGCCAGGAUGGCUCGGGAUAUGUCAGAUAAGGAAAUCCUGAAAAUGGAACUUGAUCAAUUGAAGAAGGAAGUAAGCACAGCUAGGACACCGGUGGGUGCAAACUGUGCAGAAACUAUUUCUUUUGUGGAGGAAAGGGCACCAAAUGAUCCGCUGAUUAAGGGCGUUCCAGAUGACAAGAACCCCUACAAGGGAGACAAGGGAGGCUGUAUAGUAACAUAGCACAUGGACAUCCAGGGAAAAGUCACGUUAUUUUUUAUGAGAUCUGGUUAUUCCUGUAGAAUUCAUGUGGAUAAACAUGUACAAUAGUAAGAAAACUAAAAGCUGUAACGGUAUACCCCACCAGGAGAAAGACCCUUCUCCAUCACUGGAUUACUGUAUGUACCUGUUGAUA